CCUCUCCAUCAGCCAGGGACGUUCUCCGGUCUAUCUGUUUCUCAAUCAGCCAGGGUGGGAGUAGAGAGGAAAUGGAGAUGCAGGAGUUGGAGGAGCGGGUGAUUGUCCCCUCCAUACCAACGGAUCCCCACGUGCAAUGGCUAUCUAACGUGGACCAGGUAAUGCUACGUAUUAUUAUGAUGACGGGUUACUAUUACCCUGGGCCAGAUGCAGCGAAGAUGGUAGAUGUAGAUCGUCUAGCAACAUCCCUAUCGGAGACACUCACUCUGUAUCCUGUCCUAGCGGGACGCUUGAGGAUGAAAGACAACGGCGCACUUGAGGUCGAGUGUAAUGACGCAGGAGCUCUUCUAGUGAUGGCUAUGGCGGACGGCAGGCUGGACGAACCCAGCAGCGGGCUUUCUUGCCAUCCCCAUCCCAUCUCCCUUCCGAUAGACUUAAGAUGGGCCGCUUCAGCUCUGACCGCAAGUGCCAAAGAGCGGGAAGAUCGUGUGGGGAGGACAAUCAACAGGGGGGACUUCAUAUUUUUAGUAAAGGUGACAACUUUCCGAUGUGGAGGGGUCAGCAUCGUGUCCGCCUUUCAUCACGCCGUAGCGGACGGGCGUGCCAUGGCUGAGUUCAUGAACUCGUGGGCGGAAACCAUGCGGCGAGGGAUCGAGUCCUCUCAGAAGGGACGCUGUUUGACUGACUCCCCCGCCAAGGUAAGUUUGCCUCCGAUCCACGAUCGCGCUCUUCUUAAGCCCCGCGCGCCGCCAAGAGUCCAGCGCCCUCCUACAGGCCUAAUCCUUGCCCCGCCUUCAGCGGCCCCUCCACCUCCCCAUCCCAGCAUUGCCAAGCCGGUAUCUGAAGGGGGGUUGCAAUCGGGAUUGGAGGCGGCGGCGCCCAAACGAGUCUCCAGUCCACCGGGGCUCCCUGACAUGUCGAUGCACUUGCGGUAUUUCACCGAAGAAGAGUUGGCCGCUCUCAAACGGAGGGCAGAGGAGGACAGAAGGGGAAUGACGUUCGAGCCAUUGCACAGUGGUGCUGGUGAUGGUGGCCAUGGUGCUGGUGAUGAUCUUGGUUUGGAAGGCGAGACCAGAGUUGACGUCAAUUCUAUUUUUCCUAUCGACCCAGCAGCUCAGCGAUUCACUACGAACGAUGUCCUCAUGGCUCAUCUGUGGAAAUGCGUCACUCGGGCAAGAGGCCUCCACGUGUCCAAAGCAGAUGAAAAAGAAGAAGACGAAGGAGAGGGCUGCGCUGACGUGUCCAGCGCUUGCUCUGACACGUGGCAGUCGGGAGAAGAUGGCAAACUGGUCAGACUAGGUACGGCGGUCGACGGUAGAAAGCGGUUGCGGCCUUGUCUUCCUGAAGGAUUUUUUGGCAACGUCGUCUUUUGGUCUUGCGCUUCUGCGCCUGCUGGCCAGCUAGUGACGGAGUCGCUCGGGCGAACAGCCCAAAGAAUUCAUCGGUCCGUACAGGAGAUGGUGGACGAUAACCUUCGUGACACCAUUGAUUGGAUCGAGCAACAGGACGAUCUAACGGCUAUCGAGCUCUCCUGCAGGUACUUUUUGGGACCGGACCUUGUCUGCAGUAAUUGGUCCCGUUUGCCUGUCUACGAUUGCGAUUUCGGGUGGGGACCACCAGUGUUCGUCGGCCUCCCGCCUUUAAGAUUUGAUGGAUUCGUCGUCAUCACUGCUGCGGGGAAGAAGCAGCAAGCAUCCGGCUAUGGCGGUGGCGGUUUGUUCGUGACAAUUUGCCUGCGGACCGAGCACAUGAAUAACCUGAAAUCGGAUCCCCAUUUCAUCAAGCGCCAUACGUGAAACGAAAAAAAAAAAUCUGAAAGAAAAAAAGGGAGAAAGAAAAGAGUCGAAUAAAUGUGAUACUCGAUA